AAUCUCAUUAGAGUGUACGCCACACUCUCUCUAAAUCCGCGUGAGUUCCAUCCCCACCCAUUCUCAACGCUUCAACAAAUCUCUCUCUCUCUCUCUCGUCUUUCAUCUUCUUUCAUCUUCCAAGAGCAAGAAGAUUCUCUCUCUACAAAAAGUCUUCUUCUUCUUCUUCCUCGUCCUCUUCUUCUUCUUCUUCUUCUUCUUCUGCUUCUGCUUCUUCUUCUCCUCUCCCCUGGAUGAAUUGAUACAACGAAUCGAUAACCGAACUUUUUUUUUCUUGGUCCAUCCAAUCUAGAACAAGAGGAAAGAUCAAGGUCUGGAAGAACCAAUUAACUGUUCUUGACGACGAUUUCGUCUUCUUCCUACUUCUGCUAGGUUCGAUUCCAUUGAACGGUUAGAAGGAUCUUCAAGAAGUAGGAAGUUGUAAUUGGUCGAUCAGAGCCAUGAGACCGGUCCAACCCCCACCUGGCGUCGGCGGCAGUGGCAAUCGAGGGCUAAAGGCACGUAGGCGGCAGGACCUAACCCUACCCCUCCCACAGCGGAACCUAUCACUAGCCGUCCCUCUCCCUCUACCCCCAUCCUCCUCUAAUUCUUCCGCUAACUCGGGCACGUCGUCGAAUCACUCUAACGGCUGCAACACGAUCCACUUCUCGGAGCUGAAGCGAGCCAACCACAUCGGGAGCGGUAGCGGCGGCACCGUCUACAAAGUGAUCCACAGCCCCACGGGCCGCCUCUACGCCCUCAAGGUCAUUUACGGGACCCACGAGGACUCGGUGCGCCUCCAGAUCUGCCGUGAGAUCGAGAUUCUCCGCGACGUCAACAACCCCAACGUCGUCAAGUGCCACGACAUGUUCGACCACAACGGCGAGAUCCAGGUCCUCCUCGAAUUCAUGGACGGCGGCUCCCUCGAGGGGAAACACAUCCCCCGCGAGCCCGACCUCGCGGAUCAUGCCCGCCAGAUACUCUCCGGCCUCGCCUAUCUCCACCGCCGUCACAUCGUCCAUCGCGACAUCAAGCCCUCCAAUCUCCUAAUCGACUCCCAAAAUCAUGUUAAGAUCGCCGAUUUCGGAGUCGGUAGGAUUCUCGCGCAGACUAUGGACCCCUGCAACUCCGCUGUGGGGACCAUUGCGUACAUGAGCCCCGAGAGGAUUAACACGGAUCUAAACCACGGCCAAUACGACGGGUACGCGGGUGAUAUUUGGAGCUUUGGGGUGAGCAUCCUGGAAUUUUAUAUGGGGAAAUUCCCCUUCGCAGUUGCGAGGCAGGGUGAUUGGGCCACCUUGAUGUGCGCCAUUUGUAUGUCCCAACCACCCGAGGCCCCGCCCACAGCUUCCAGAGAGUUUCGGCACUUCAUUGCCUGUUGUUUGCAGAGGGAGCCGGGUCGUCGCUGGACCGCCUCGCAGUUAUUGACGCAUCCUUUCGUUAUGCAGAGAAACCACACCCAAAGCCAGGUUCAUCAGAAUCUCCAUCAACUUUUACCUCCUCCACGCCCGCUUUCUUAUUAGUCUUCUUCUCUUUUCUUUCAUUUUUAUCUUUUUUGUUACUCGAAGAAUGACAAAGAUUUUGUGUAAUUUUGAUAUGAUGGGUAAGUUUGAUUUUUAGGAGCAGAAAUUUGGGUGGAGAACUGGGCGUGUUUCUAGUUUCAGUCGAGCAAUCGCAAUGUCAACCAUUUUCUUUGAUAAUGUUUACUAAAAAUGGAAAAUCUG